AUGGUUGCCGCACCAGAUAUUGCAACUGCUGCGAUUGGCGCAACCCUAAUAAACGACGAUGCUAGCAAGGAGAAGUCCACGGAUCUUGAGAAGAGCGACGACAGCAGCGUAGCCGUGGCAGAGGUGCAGGACAAUGAGGUCGUUUCCGAUUAUCCACAGGAGGACUACAAGAGGCUGAAGCGGAAGAUUGACAAGUAUCUCCUCCCACUGAUGUGGCUAUGCUAUGGCAUCCAGCAGACAGACAAGACGUCGCUAGGGACACAGGCCACAUUUGGCCUUCGGGCGGACACACACCUCAAGGGCCAGCAGUACUCGUGGCUAACAACGGCGUUUUACCUCACAUACAUGUGCUUUGAGUUUCCCUCCAACAUACUGCUGCAGCGCUACAUGAUCGGCCGCACGCUGUCCGUUCAGUGCUGCAUCAGCCCGGGCUUCAUCCUCGUAAUUGGCUCCUGGUACACGACACGUGAGCAUGCGUCGCGCUCGCUCGUCUUCCAGAGCGUCAAUGCCGGGUUCGGUAUCAUUGCUAGCCUGAUUCUGUACGGCAUCGGCUCGGUGCAGUACCAUCGGCCUGACUUUGAGGCGUGGCGGUAUAUGUCUUAUGAGAAAAAGAUGGCCAAUGUGCGCAUCCGGAGCAACAACACGGACAAUGACAAGACGGGGAUCAAGAAAUGGAGUUGGGAGCAAGUGCGCGAGUGCUUGCUAGACCCCUGCUUCUGGUUUUCUGGCAUCAAUGCCUUUCUCAGUUCCGUUCCCAAUGGCGGGCUGACAACAUUUGGCGGUAUCAUCACGACCUCAUUCGGCUUUACCAACCUUCAGGUCAUUCUUCUCGAUAUCCCUCGCAGCGUGUUUAGCGUUUGUUACUUUAUUGUCAUCGGCCUCGCUACGAGCCGGUGGAAGGACCUGCGCAUGUACUUUAUGGCGUUUUCCGUCAUCCCUCCUUUUGUCGGCUUCCUCGUGAUGUCUCAGCUGCCCGACGAGAAGAGUUACAGAUGCUACUUCAUGUCGGUCCCUUUUGUGAUCGCCCUGUUUCUGUCCUGGACCCUCAUUUCGUCCAACGUGGCCGGCCGGACCAAGCGCACUCUGACCUCGUCCUUCACCUUCGUCGGCUACUGCGUCGGCAACAUGGUUGGUUCGCAGAUCUUCAAGUCAUCUGAUGCUUUUCUCCUCAUUGUCACCUGGAGAAUUGUGCUUGUGAUGCGCAAUCGACGCCGGGAUAAGAAUAUACUGGAGCUGGGAAUAUCGGCAGAGGAGAGAAUCGAGCGUGGCAAAGUGCUCGGCGAGCAGGACAUUACCGACUUCAAGAGCCCCUUCUUUCGCUACACGCUGUAA